GCCGCUUUAAAAUGACGUCCAAGCCCAGCCCGCGCGGGGGCUGACGGGAUUGUGGCGGUCCGUCCCAGGCCGUCCCGAGUAGGAAGCGGCCGCCACUUCCGGCCGCGCUCAAGAUGGCGACCUCUCUGGGUUCCAACACGUACAACAGGCAGAACUGGGAGGAUGCGGACUUCCCGAUCCUGUGCCAGACGUGUCUUGGAGAGAACCCCUACAUUCGAAUGACCAAAGAAAAGUAUGGGAAGGAAUGCAAAAUCUGUGCCAGACCUUUCACAGUAUUUCGCUGGUGUCCUGGGGUCCGGAUGCGUUUUAAGAAGACUGAAGUUUGCCAGACCUGCAGUAAACUGAAGAAUGUCUGUCAAACCUGCUUAUUGGACCUUGAGUAUGGCCUACCUAUCCAGGUUCGUGAUGCAGGGCUAUCUUUUAAGGAUGAUAUGCCCAAGUCAGAUGUAAACAAAGAAUACUACACUCAAAAUAUGGAGAGAGAGAUUUCUAACUCUGAUGGAACACGGCCAGUUGGCAUGCUGGGAAAAGCCACCUCCACCAGUGAUAUGCUUCUCAAACUAGCACGGACCACACCCUAUUAUAAAAGAAAUCGUCCCCAUAUUUGCUCCUUCUGGGUAAAAGGAGAGUGUAAAAGAGGAGAGGAAUGUCCAUACAGACAUGAGAAGCCUACGGAUCCAGAUGACCCCCUUGCUGAUCAGAAUAUUAAAGAUCGAUAUUAUGGGAUAAAUGACCCUGUGGCAGAUAAGCUUCUAAAGCGUGCAUCGACAAUGCCCCGACUGGACCCGCCAGAGGAUAAGACUAUCACCACACUAUAUGUCGGUGGCCUCGGGGACACCAUUACUGAGACAGAUUUAAGGAAUCACUUCUACCAGUUUGGAGAGAUUCGGACCAUUACUGUUGUACAAAGACAGCAGUGUGCUUUCAUCCAGUUUGCCACUAGGCAGGCUGCAGAAGUUGCUGCUGAGAAGUCUUUUAAUAAGUUGAUUGUCAAUGGCCGUAGACUCAAUGUGAAAUGGGGAAGGUCCCAAGCAGCCAGAGGAAAAGAAAAAGAAAAGGACGGAACCACAGAUUCUGGGAUCAAGCUAGAGCCUGUUCCAGGACUGCCAGGAGCACUUCCACCACCCCCUGCAGAAGAAGAAUCCUCUGCCAACUACUUCAACCUACCCCCAAGUGGUCCUCCGGCUGUGGUGAACAUUGCCCUGCCACCACCCCCUGGUAUUGCCCCACCUCCACCCCCAGGUUUUGGGCCACACAUGUUUCAUCCAAUGGGACCACCCCCUCCUUUCAUGAGGGCUCCAGGACCAAUCCAUUAUCCUUCUCAGGACCCUCAGAGAAUGGGCGCUCAUGCCGGGAAACACAGCAGCCCCUAGCACAUUCUCCCCACUCUGAGGAUUUGCCGAAGAAAAGGCACGUGAAAAUCUCAGUAAAUGAACCUUGGAAUAAAUAUAAUUUCCCUUCCUUUGUAGUUUUCAUGGUAGCUGAAUGUGUUCAGAUAUGGGCAGUUGGGAGACAGCCAUGCUUUCCUACAUGUAUUCAAAGGAUUGAUGGACUGCAGAUAAGCUGCCAUUAACACAUCUGGUUACUGCUAUUACACUGCUAAUUACAUUUAAUGUUAUUUCCCCUCGUGUCUAAGGGGAACAGGAACUGUGUGAAUUGCAAAGUCAACUGAGUUACCAUCCCAAUUAAAAUUUGCUUUGUAUCAUUUGUGGGGGAGGGUCAGGUUGGAAUGAAUUGACUGUGCUUAAAAAAGUCAAAAACAAAGUUUUGAUCAUUUUUACAUCCACUGAGUAUUUUCCGUUUUUUAUUAUCUAAAAGAAAAGAUUCCUAGUACUAAUCAUUGUAGUGACCUGAGUGUGAUUUAAUACUUCAGAAGUUACGCCCCCCAGAAAGGCAAGUAGGAACUGGCACCCAGCAUGACCAGGUCUCUCCUUGCCUCUCUGCCGCAAUUAUUAACCACUAAAGGGAUUGCUGAUGAUUUGACUUCUCUACGCUACCAAAAGAGUCAAGAACUAAAAUUCUUAUUUCUGUCGGUCGAAUGGAAAUCUAAGUGUCUUGAGUAUGUAUCAUUGAAGAAACAGUUUUAAAGAACUUCCUAUAAAACACUCACAAACUGACAUGAAAAAGCACUGGAGAAUAUUUGAGCAGAAGACUCGUGGCUCACAGCUGGAACUCUGACCUUUAGCAUUCACCUUCGUGUGUCUUCAGUAUCUCAUUUUAAUUCCCUGCAUCUGGCAGGAGACUGUUUAGUCGUAGACUAUUUGGAUCUAACUGAAUUGUAGAUGGUAAAGAAUUGGAUGUAUUGGUUUUGUUUUUAAAAUAUUAAAAUGGGUCAAUUUUCCAAA